GAUUAUAGAUCAAAGCCAGAUCUUAAUUAUGGGUCAGACAUUGGCAUGGAUUCAGAGAAAAGUGAUGGCUGAAGAAGAACAUGUUUUCCCGGACACCUUGGAAGGGUUUGGUUAUCACUUUAACACAGAGGGUCUAUUGCGGACUAUAGAUCAGGAUGAAGAGUUCAAGUUUGAGGUGCGGGAGGGGGACCACGCCUACAACCAGAAGCACUAUAAUGCCCUCGGGGAGUUGAUAGAGAAAAAGAUUUACAGUAUGAUGGAGCGAGACUACAAACUGCAGCGAACCUACCUGCCCAUGAAUGCAGAGGAGGGGGAGCCACGUACGUUCGUGUUUCACAGCGGUGACUUGUACACGAACGCAGACAAGAUGCUCAUCCUUGUGCAUGGGAACGGUGUAGUCCGAGCAGGACAGUGGGCUCGCAGGUUGAUAAUCAAUGACUGCCUGAACAGUGGAACCCAAUUCCCAUUCAUCAAAUGGGGUCGGGAGAAUGGUUACAGCGUUAUAGUGGCUAACCCUAAUCUCAAUACCCUCGAGACCCCGGAGGCCAGGAAAAGGAAAACACCCAUCAAGAUAAGGAACAACAGUACCCCUGAAGAACACCUGGAGAGUGUAUGGAGGGAACUGGUACAGAGAACCCCGGCUAAACACGUCGCCAUUGUAGCCCAUAGCUAUGGUGGAGUGGCUUCCCUUGAACUGGCAAAGAACCACCUACGCGAGUUUGAGGAACGAGUUUUUGCCAUGGCCUUGACCGACUCUGUCCACAGUCUCCGGCAGCAGGAGGCAGAACCAGACCUUGUACAGUUCUAUAAACAGCAUGUGGUUAAUUGGGCGUCAGCGUAUGACCCCCUGGAUGCCCCGCUGCAGACGUCAGAGGAUGAGGUGCCCACUGUGUCUGCAGGGACGGACAAGCACGAGUACACAAGUUACUCCAGUAUGCAUUCCAUAUUCAAAUACUUCUGUGCACGAUAUGAGCAAACUGUCCAUCCCACAAGCCGCCCGUUCAAGGUUGGCGAGCCCAACUCCCUGACAGAGCCCACAUCAUCGGAGAGUCAACACCUCAUCACACGAGGGCAGGGGGAGGGGGAAUACUCACCAGAACAUCCUACGCAGACUCCGAUUGGUGAGAAUGGAUCCAAUGGUGAUAUGGACACUGACAAACAGACAGAUACAAGUGCUGAAACUGAGACCCAGAAAAAAGAAGUUAAAAGUGAAUUGUAGACAUUGUAUCAUAUUUAUAAUUGAUCUUAUUGUGAUUGACUUUUUUGGAUAUCAAAAGAAGUGCAUCAUUUCCUGGUUGUUUUACAUUCAAGAAUUCAUAUCAUGUGGUAUUCUUUCGUGAAUAUGCAUACAAAACAUAACCAUCUGGUCUAAAAGGGAAGAAGAAAAUUAGUUUUAUGUGUAAUUAUAUAUACAUAUUGUAUUCAUUUAAGUGACUAUAAAGAACAAAGUAAUGAUUCAGACAUUGUUAUACCCCCCAAAACAAAGUUUGGGGGGGGUAUACUGGAAUCGGGUUGUCCGUCUGUCCGUCUGUAGGUCUGUCUGUCGGUCUGUCCGUCCGUUUUUUUUUUGUCCGGGAUUCAUCUUUGUCGUUAUUGAACAAAUCUUUUUCAAACUUUCAAAUAUUAAUGACCAUGAUGUAAACCUGUGCCUCCGUGGAUUUGGUCAGAGUCGCAUGAUCCUGAGUGGAGUUGUGGCCCCUUAAUGAGUUAAAUUGGGCAAAAUUAGCUUUGUCCAGGAUUCUUUUUUGAAGCUAUUGAGCAAAUCUUUUUCAAACUUUCAAAUAUUAAUGGCCAUGAUGUAAACCUUUGCCUCCAUGAAUUUGGUGGGAGUCACAUGAUCCUGAGUGGAGUUGUGGCCCCUUAAUGAGUUAAAUUGGGUAAAAUUAGUUUUGUUCGUCCUACUCCUUCGUCAUUUUUGAAUGAAUCUUUUUCAAACUUUUAGCCAUGGUGAGAACAUUUGCCCCUGUGAUUGUGGUUGGAAUCACAUGAUCAUGUCUCCAAUUAUGGCCCCUGAAUAAGUUAAAAUAGGCAAAAAUUAUACAGCUUUGUCUAGCCUAAUCCUUGGUCAUUUUUUCUCAUUUUUUCUAUAAAUCUUUUUCAAACUUUCAGAUGUCAAUGACCAUGAUAUGAACUGUUGAAUAUGUGAUUUGGUGCACCUGUAUUAAUCAGAAUGUUUGCAUGGCCUUAAAAAGACCUUUAAUUGAUUUUGUCCUUAAAAAGACCAUCAAAAGUCCUGAAGUUAGGUGCAUACAGGCCUUAAAUUUGUUACAAUAUUCGCUUUGGUGGCCUACUCCUUUGUCAUUUUUCAAUAGGUAUUCUAAAUAAACUAAAUAAAUGUAUUGCCUUGUGCUUUCUAAUGAUACCAUAACUAAGGCCAGGGCAAACAACCUAGACAGGGAAGGGUUGGAGGGUAUUCGUUAGCCUUUGGCUUACAGUUCUAGUUGUAGCUAAAGGCUUGUUUAUUUUUACGCUAUAUUUGUUUUGUGCAAUGAUCAGUGUUUUGUUUUGUUGUUUCUAUGUUUACCUGCAUGAUCAUGUUUUAUUCAUGAUAAAGAGGGGGUAUUUGUGGAAUUUCAGUGUUAGAUGGAAAAUAAUCACAGGAAGCAAUAUUUUCAUCGAAAUUCAACAAAUUGUUCAUUUCUUUUAUGCUAUAAAGGAAAAAAAUGCCAAUUUAAUUGGAAGAUUGUGUGAUGAAUGUAACAUCAGUUGGGACAUUAUUAAAAGAAAUCAACCCAGCAAAGUGAAUGCUACAUUUCUUUUGAAAGUGAUACAAGAACGCAAAUUAUUAAAAGCAGUGAUAUAAAAAAUAACUUGACAGUGAAAAUAAGAGCAGUGAAAUUUACCUAAAUUCAUAAAAGAAUCUGUGUUGUUUUAUUAUUUAUUGAUGAAUGAUUGUUACAUUGUUGGCAGAUUUUGUAACUAGGCCAUCCUUUAACAAAAUAUUAGUUUCCUAUGGCCUGACCCAGAUGUUUUUCAGUUGGAAAGUUGAGAUCCCUUUUUUAACAAAAUUAGGACUAAACCAGGGAGUUCAACAGCUUAUAAAGUUUAAGUUAAUAUUUUUGCAUACAUAACGAGUUAAAUGUUAUUGUCAGCCAUUUUUUCUUUUCUAUUGAUAUUACCAUUCUAUACAUGUACACAACAUCUCAGUUGUAUAGUUCUCCCAAAUUUUGUGCAAUUGUUAAACCGACUACCAGGCAUAUUCGUUGAAUGUUCUGCAAAUGUGGGUAUUGAACAAUUAAGUACUUUCACAGAGUUCUGCUGGUUUUAAAAUGUAAAUGCUCGUUCUAUUUGUUUGUCUUGAUUUAACUUUUUAUUUAAUAUUCUGUUUUGAUAAACAUAUUGAAUAUAAUCUAACAAAAGCUACAUUGUAAUAAAAGGUUAACACUAA